AUGUUGAAGCUAGGUAACGAUGGUGACUAUAUUGACGUGCGCGGCAGCAGAGACCGCCAUGUUGACGCGAGACCAGCAUUAAGCACACGGGAGCAUAGACCAGCAUUGGACACGCGGGAGCAUAGACCAGCAUUAAGCACACGGGAGCACAGACCAGCAUUGGGCACGCGGGAGCACAGACCAGCAUUGGGCACGCGGGAGCACAGACCAGCAUUGGACACGCGGGAGCACAGACCAGCAUUGGGCACGCGGGAGCAUAGACCAGCAUUAAGCACACGGGAGCAUAGACCAGCAUUGGACACGCGGGAGCAUAGACCAGCAUUAAGCACACGGGAGCAUAGACCAGCAUUAAGCACACGGGAGCAUAGACCAGCAUUGGACACGCGGGAGCAUAGACCAGCAUUAAGCACGCGGGAGCAUAGACCAGCAUUAAGCACGCGGGAGCAUAGACCAGCAUUAAGCACACGGGAGCAUAGACCAGCAUUGGGCACGCGGGACUAUAGACCAGCAUUAAGCACACGGAAGCACAGACCAGCAUUGGGCACAGUAGUGAACAUAGAUCAGUAUUAA